AGUCUGAAGUACUAUUGGUUAUCUUAUGCAAGCUUGAAAGGGUAUUCACUAUAAUGUUAAUCUUAGCAGUUAGUAGUGAAACAAAUUGCACUUACAAAAUAAAUAUCUUAUAAAAGAUACUGGUGUGCCAUUGCUUUGGGAUAAACUUUUUUUUCACAGGAGCAGCAGCCCAUUGUGUCAGUUAUAGAGGAUGUUGUAGAGGAUGAGAUGCAGGGGGGAGCAGCUCAACAUGAAGAGGAAGCUGCAGCUGAAGAGGACAAUCAGAGAGGCACUACUUUCUCUCAGCCAUUGUCUCAAGAGUCUAAUCCUCACUCUGUAGCAGGAAAAACAAUAGCUGUGCCAUCGACCCCAACAUUCUCAUUCAGCUUUAGCCCCUCAAGCUCCCCUUACCAAGGGACCCCUGGUACUAAAUCUCCAGCUUUCCUAUUCUCUUUGAACUCAAAUGUGAGCACACCAGGCUUCACUGGAUUUGGAUUUGAUGCGAAUUCAUCACAAGAAGAGGAUUCAUCUUUUGCUUUUGCCAGCUCUCUUUUCCAUGAGAAGAAAGCCACAGAGAAGCCUUCAAGCUGCCCUGAAUUCUUGUUUGGCCAGACAGAGCCCAAUGAAGACUUCAGUUUUCCUUUCACUGCUAAAAGCCCUCAUUCAGGCGGCAAGGAAAACACCAAGGAUGAUCUUCCAUUUUCAUUUAACUUCUAAUACUUAUUAGAAAAAAAGAAAUCUGUUUAUCAUUUUAUUCGUGUAAGUUCCUCCAGUUUGGUUAUUUGAUGGGUAACCACAAUUGUUUAGGAUGAUAUUCAUUUCUGUCAAAUAGGUUCUUAUGGAUGUUUAAUAUGAAGACCUAUUUUAAUUAGUCACAAAAACCUAUUUAUAACAGUUUUAUCGUUCAUAACAUUUAUUGAGGAUACAAAUAGAGCAUUUAUAUCAACUUUAAAGCACCAAGAUGAGCACAUAUUUCUUUGCAAAUUUCCCUCUUUUGAGUGAAGUAAUUGUAUACUUUUAAAUGUUUUGCAGCAUAAUAAACAGCAUUGAUAGUUUGAGUUGCUCAGUUCAGUUAGUGGUAAAAGCCUUGUUCCAUUAUAACAAAAAAGGAAAUGAACAUCCAACUGGUCCCUUAAAUCACACAGUCACAGUGGUACACAAAAAAAACUUGAAUUAGUACUCAUUUUUUAGUUACAAUACUGAAAGAUGAGCAGAAACAGUUUUUUUUAACAAAGGCUCCAAGUUAUCUUGUUUCUGGCUCAGCUGU